AUGCUGAAAGCAGAGUACCUGUUGCUUGAUAGUAGCCUCGACAACAUCAAGUUCGUCGUCAUGUUGGAUUUACUGAAGGCUGGAGGAUUGGGGACGGAGAGACGAAGGCGACCAGUGGAGCGCGGGAUGAAAUGGGGCAGAUUAAUUAGUGGUGCGCGGGAUGAAAUUGGGCAGAUUAGUGGAGCGCGGGAUGAUAUUAGGGCAAAUAAGUGGAGCGGGAUAAAAUUGGGGAUGAAAUUGGGGCAUACAAGUAGAGCGGGAUGA